AAAAGGCGCACAAGAAAAGAGGAAGAAGAUCUAUGUUCCUUGACGACACCAUCUCUCUUCACCUCUCUUCUUCUUGUUUAUUUCGCAUACGGAACACACUUCUCUUGGAAAGGAGGGAUUGGGUCUUGUAUCCCAGUUCUAGCGUUGCUCGGCACCCAUCCCCAUCCUCCGUCGAACAAGUGCUACCACUGAUGGAGAUGUUCUUGUUGUGAACUUGUUGAUGCUGUCAUAUAUGGGAGUUAAAGGUGAUGUUUUGGCUGUAGAUUUAUGAGGCGUCUUGAAUCCCUUCGGCUACAUGCGUGUGUAUUAAUUUUGGAGGGCAGGUAUCUGUCCUAAGUUUCGUCCAUUCCCAAGGUUGAUUUAAAUGAACGGCAGCAGAGCAUGUCCCGUUCUAAGCUGGCUUGAAGACUCGCAAUGUGCCGGGCCGCCAGCCUUCUCACCCACCUCCAGGGCUGCAACAGCAUGCGGCGCCUCCGAAAAAUCCACGCCCAGGUCAUCGUCAACGGUCUCCUCAGCAACCCCGCCGUCUCCGCUAAGCUCCUCGCAUUCUGCGCCACCUCCGCCGCCGGCGACCUCUCCUACUCCCGCCUCCUCUUCUCCCACCUCCCUCCACCUCUCCACCUCGACCACUGGAACUCCCUCAUCCGCGGCUCCUCCCGCGGCCCCGCCCCUAUCGACUCUCUCCGCCUCUACAACGCGAUGGCUCGGAGCUCCUCUGUUUCUCGCCCCGAUGCCGUCACCUUCUCCUUCCUCCUCAAGGCCUGUGAGCGCUCCAAGGCCACCGCCAAGUGCCGCGAGGCCCACGGCUCGAUCGUCCGGAUCGGCUUCUCUUCUAGCGUCAUUGUCUGCACCAAUUUGACCCGUUGCUAUGCUGAGAAUGGGCUUAUAGACGACUCGAGGAAGAUGUUCGAUGAAAUGCCCGAGAGGGAUUUGGUGUCCUGGAAUUCGAUGAUCGCGUGCUACUGCCGCGCUGGUUUGCACGAAGAGGCGUUGAAGAUAUAUGACAAAAUGAGGGUUCUCGGUGUCGGACUUGAUGAAUUCACCGCCGUCGGGCUGCUCUCCUCUUGCGCGCAUGUUGGCGCGUUGAAUUUUGGUAUCCAGGUGCAAGAAUUCGCCGAGAAAAAUGGCUUCUUGGGAAGGAAUAUCUACGUGGGCAAUGCACUGGUGGACAUGUAUGCAAAAUGUGGUAGCUUGGAUGGGGCUCGCCAGGUUUUCGAUAGGAUGCGGAGGCGGGAUGGCUUCACGUGGAACUCGAUGAUCGUUGGCUUGGGAGUUCACGGUCAUGGCGAUGAGGCGAUCUCCUUCUUCGACAGGAUGCUGAUGGCCGGACUUCGGCCAAACUCAGUUUCGUUCCUGGGAUUGCUUAUGGGAUGCAGCCACCAGGGCCUGGUUGGCGAGGGCAUCAAAUAUUUUCAACUUAUGAAUUCCGAGUUCAAUUUGCAGCCAGACCUCAAGCAUUACGGAUGCAUGGUGGACAUGUUCGGCCGAGCGGGUGAGCUUGAGAAGGCUCUCGAAGUCAUAAGGAGUUCACCCUGCAGCGCUGAUCCUGUCCUGUGGCGUACGUUGUUAAGUGCUUGCAAGAUCCACAAGAAAGUUGAGAUGGGCGAGACUGCCUUCGAAAAUCUUUCGCACUUGUCGGCUCAUAAUGCCGGGGACUGUGCUCUUCUUGCUGGAAUCUAUGCCGGUGUAGGAGAUAGUCAAGGUGUCGCUAGGAUGAGAAAAUUGGUCAAGGAUCAGGGGAUUAAGACUACGCCGGGAUGGACCUGGAUCGAAGUUCAUGGUGAGGUGAGGAAAUUUGUCGUCGGUGACACUUCGCACCCUGAUACUAAAGAAAUCUAUGAAAAGCUGAAGGAGAUGAUCAGCCGAGCAGCUUCGCUGGGUUCUGCAGAAGAGAGAUCCAAGGUCCAACCUUCAAAAGAAGAUGCUGCCGUGGAGGGGUUGGAGAAUGGUGGGGACUGUCAUAGUGAGAUGCUAGCCAUUGCUUUCGGGCUAAUGAAAACUUCCGAAGAGACGAGUCUUCGAAUUGCAAAGAAUCUAAGGGUGUGUAAGGAUUGCCAUUCGCUUACGAAGAUGGUGUCAAAAAUCUAUGGUCGGGAAAUCAUCGUAAGGGACCGGGUGCGGUUUCAUCAUUUCAAGGGUGGAUCUUGUUCUUGUAGUGAUUAUUGGUGAAAAUUUGUUGUGGUUAUUAUGUAGUUCUUCCAGAAAUCAAUCACAGUUUAAUGAUGAGAGUUGGGGCCAAUGGACAACCAAGGGACACAUGCGGUAACAUUUCAUAAACCAUGGCACAAUGUAAAAGACAAAGGAGAGCCUCUCUCUCUCUCUCUCAAGACUUCAGCUAUAUCAUCACCACAGGCCGUGUUCUUUUUCCAUCAAAGUGGUGGUCGGCUGCAAGCACUAAUCUAAAAUCUAAAUCGACAAGACUCCUUGAAAGGAACUUUUCGAGAGCGGGUUGAUUGUGUCAAAGGGACAAUAAGGUGAUGCGAACUUGAUAUAACGAUUCCUUUCUUGAAUUAAGUUAUACAAUGUUUUCUGAACAAUGUCUGCAGCUCCAAUUGCGGCAAAUUUCUAAUGUUUGCUUUUUAGCGCUUGUUUGUCAAGUACAAUAGACUCCUUGGGAUAGAGGGACUGGGAUUUACUCUCUUUUCUUUGUGGUUAUUUGAUGUUCCAAGGAACCAAAUGAAUAGUUUCUACCAAUGAUAUUUGUAAUAUUUCAUGACUUCUCUUUAUGAAAAU